CCUAUUUGUUUGUUAAUAAAACUUAAUAAAUAUGUAUUUGUGAAGAAAUUUUGACGUUGGUUAAUGUAUUAGAUUAUCUAAUAAAUAAAAUGCAAAUAAGAAAAUGUAAAUAUAUAUUAUCUGGACUGAUAUAAACAUUGAUUUUGUUGAUAAUGGAGCCAGUGACAGCUUGCCACAAACUUUAAUUCUCUCUGGAUGACAAUCGAAUAAAUUCAACUAAAAUGUAAUUUUAAAAUAGAAAGGAUAAAAGGAAUAAUAACUCAAGGAGAUCUUUCUUUAUGAAACUGAUCGAAGACAUGAUGAUUCACAUAUUCAGGCACAAAUCUACCAAAAAGAAAUGCAAUAUAUGAAAUAAGUAAAUUUUCCAGUCAUACAAAAAUAUUCAAGAUCAACAUAAUCAUAUUGCAUUGAAAAUAUUUCUUCAAUCUACUUGAAAAUGUCGCUUAUUAAAAUAUUUAUCAUUGAUAUGUAAUUAAACUCAAUAUGAUAACAUUUGGAAUAUGACUUUUGGCUUAUGAAAUAAAAGACAAUAUCAUUAUGAAACUGAUCAAAGGCUUCCUGCAGCACACUAACUUGCCAGCACUAAUAAUAGAAAUAUUUUUAGUUCUGCUGAACUUUGAUAUGACAUUCGGCCAUAAUGAUGAGGGUUACUGUCUUUUUCCUGAACACUGGAAUGGGCAAUGGUUUCAAUCGGGAGUUCAACAAUCAAUUAUAAUUGAACGAUCACUGUUAUCAUCAAAAGGCCGAUGCAUAUCAUCCAAGGGUGACAAAUUUCUGCUUCGAGAUGAGAGAAAUUGCUAUCGAUGUGUUGUUAUACAUGAAAAGCACUUAAAUGUACUCCAAUAUAAAGAAACUCUGUCACAUUGUCAUAGAAAGGAUUCAAUACAAAAUUUAUGCCAACUUAUAACUGGAGAUGCCUUACUCUAUUCUAUGUUUCGAGAACAAUCAGUUCCCGUGACUUGCCCUUUGAAAGGGCCUUUCACAUUCACAUAUAAUAGGGGACAUGGCGAAUGCAUGAAUCCAGUAUCAAACAUUGAAAGUUGCACUGAAGACAGUCGACUUAUUUUAACAUACCAGGCAUGUCCCGAUGUUCACGGAACUGAAAGUGCAGUGGAAGAACUGGAAUGCCUAGCAACAUGGAAUGAAGGUAAUGCUCGAUACCUUGUUGGUAAAAUGAAUCAUCGACAUGCCAUAACCAGUGAAGAUCGAUACAGAUGCUUUGUUUAUGAGAAAAUAACUGGAAUUGGAGAUAAAAUAAUGGAAUACAAAAUUGCACAAUCAGGAGAUGCUACUUGUAAUGGAUUGUUUAGUGCUACAGAAGGAUCACGGACAAUGACUUUAAAACAAGCUGCUAUUCCUGAGCGGUGUCGGUUUCCGAAUUGGUUAGCUGCUGGACCAUCACACUGGCAAACAGUUGAUCAAUCACAAAUUUAUUGGUUUCACCAUAGAAAUUCAUCACUUCGGAUAAUAAAAAAUAAUGAAGUUGAACUUCAGGCACAUUGCAGUCAAAUAAAUAGGCAGACUGCAGAUGAUGUGAUGAUCAUACUACAAUACUCUGAGAAAUGUACUCACGGUUUUAUAUGCAUGCACUUCUACCGAAGAGACAAUUUCAUUGCCGAGUUACAAAUUGGAACAAGGUCUAGCAGGUUGGAGGAUGCUUGCGCAUUUAAUCACUUUGAUUCAAGUGUUCUACCAUAUGUUACAAUAGUUUAUAGCAAAUCUAAUGCUGUAAAUUGUCCCAUACCAGGACAUUAUUCAACGCAUGGACUGUUUCCAGAUAAUGCUUUGACAAAUCAUUUGAGAAUCUCGGAUUGUUUUUCAGAUUCUCAUAAGCUUCAUAUAGGUUGUAAUAAUAGGGAAACCAUGGAAUUUGGUUCGGACUGCUCUAAUGUUGAUUCUACAGAUUAUUCAUGUCACGGUUCAUGGAUUGAAAAUGGCACUACCUUCAUAAUAGCAUCUCAGCAACAUGAAGGAAACUCAACCUAUUACUGUUUGAAAUACAAAACUAAUGGAAACGAUUCUAGCAAACUUGCCAUUGGAAAUUCAUGUGAACGCCUACAAUCAUCCAGACAUUUUUCUGAAGUGCAAAUAUCACAAAUAGGUCAGUGUACAACAGCUAAUUCUGGCAUAGUCUGGAGUACAAGCAACUUUGCAAUAAUUAUGUUAAUAGCAAUGAUGUUCAGUAGAUGAUUCUGCAUUGUAUUCGAAUGCAGGAUGAUAUAGUGAAUUUUUAGUUGAUCUUGUAUGUAGUUAUUCCAGUAUUAGUACUUUUCUCUAUUUACAUGCACUAUGUUAUUUUUUUGAAUAUGCCAUAUAUUUUAUACAAACAUUGUGAUUAUAGAUGAUAGUUCUGUGAUGAUUUUACAAAUUAAAUGGUCUUGUAGAACAGUUAAACUUUUGCCAUAAUAGUUUAAUGUGUAAAUGAUUAAUGAUUUUCAAUAUGUACUUAAGUAUGGUUUCUCGAAGGUAGUAGAAGGUAUCAACCUAACGAAAUCAUUUAUUAGUAUGUAAGACUUGAGGUUGUAAUAUCAUGAUUCCAUUAUAUUUUGCAAGGAUUUAUUCAAUCAAUUAAUAAUGAAAGAUUUAAAAAUAAACAAGGAAAUUGUUAUUUAAUUAAGGUAUAAAUAAUUAACUAAGCAUAUUAUUGUUGUGGAAAGCUCAUGAGAAGCGUACUAAAAAUGUAUAUAAAUAGUUUAUAUUAUUAAAAAAUAAGAAAGUUUCGAAGAAUCACAAAAGUAGAUUAUGAAGGUGUACAUGUGUGGCCACUUCUAGCUCUUUCUAAAUUUUAUUUACUAAAGCCUUAUUUGUAAAUAAUAAUGCAAUAUAACUAAAUUUAUUAUGUCAAUGUGUUACAUUAUAGAAAACA